CCAAUGGAGUGACAUAAAUCUUCAAACGGAACACCAGCAGCUUAUUGAGGGAGAGACUUUCAAACUGGGAAGAUAUCCACAGAUCUUAUAUCCUCACAUCUGCUGACAAGGUCUAUUACUGUGGAGACUCCACCAGGACUAACUUCAUGUCCCACCUGGAUGCCAGGCAGGUGCCCACAUGAAAGUAGUCUGUUCUGGCUUUGACACAUCGAAGAGACUGCUCCCUCAAUCUGUAGAUGAAGAUAUCAUGGUGGGAUUAAGGGGGACACCAUGCAGACAGAUGGUCACUUUCUAUUCUGUCACUCAUAGCUUGAGAUGAGUGCAAUGGAACUGCCUCAUCGCAUUGGGGACCUGUUCCCCUGGAAUAUGUCCCUUUUUGCCUACAUGUUACCUGGCAAUUCCAGUCGCUGGGAGCUUCCAGUCUUCUCCAGCAGUGUCCUCCUGUCUACCCAUGAACCUGGAACCAUUGCUUUGGUGGUGAUGUACUCCAUCUCCUUUCUGGUGGGUUUGGUGGGCAAUAUCAUGGCUUUGAGGGUCUUGGGGUCCCGUAGGAGAAGAGGCUGUGGAUUCUCUAGAGUUUCAGGGACCAGAAAUCUGCUGUUUAACCUAGCGGUGUGUGACAUGAUGGUCAUCUGCAUCUGCAUGCCCAUAAAUCUUGGCCACCAGGUGCACAACGCUUGGGUAUUUGGAGAUUUCUUGUGCAGAGCAGUGCCCUUUGUCCAAGCAGUCUCUGUCUCAGCCAGUGUCCUCACCUUGGCUUUCAUCAGCUUGAACAGAUAUUACAGUGUCCACAAUCCACUACAUGCCAGAUCCUUCUUCACCACCAGAAAGAUAGUCCUCAUGAUCUGCCUGGUCUGGUUGUCCUCCUCCUGUCUCUGUAUCCCUCUGAUCUUCAUGAAUAAAACCCAGAACCUGGUCCUUCUCCCUGGAAAGCUGGCACUUAUAGUCUGUACUGAGAGCUGGCCAAGUCUUCGCAUGAAGCUGGUCUAUAAUUUCUUGCUUUUCUGUGCACUCUAUGGAUUCCCGGUUUUAUUCAACCUUUUAAUCUGCUUCCUCACCAGCCGUAAGCUUUGGGGCUCAGGGGACUCUGUGAUUGACCACAACAACUGGUCCAUGUCAGAUUCAAGGCUCAAAGUCAGGAGGAAAAUUGCCAAGAUGGUGGUGGCACUGGUUCUCCUGUUUACUGUGUCCUGGCUCCCUCUAUAUGCUCUGGACAUCUGGAUAGACAUCAAUAUGACCCAUAUUUCCACCGGUGAAGUCUUGGAUGAGCCAAAACAUGAAUGGAUUCUUCAGGCUAGACCAUUCGCCCAGUGGCUUGGACUCACCAACUCCACACUUAACCCUCUGUGUUAUUGCUUUGUUGGCAAUCUGUACAGGUCUGCAAAAAGGUUUAGGAACAGCUACAGAGAGAAACUGGCUUCUGUCUUUAGUCAGUCUCUGACCCAAACUCCAGGCAGCCUUCGUGGACCCUCACUGCUACAUUAUAGUGCUUCCAGAGACCACCUUACAUCUCAUUUCAGUAGAGGCAGAGUUUGCAAAAGGUUUGAACCCAUCAAGAAGAAGAAAAGUCCUUUAUCAACCACCGUCUGUGAGGACAACCCUGGCUUCUUCCUACCUCCACCCAUGGGACAGUAAGAGUAGGGAGUAUGGCAGGUUUCUGAUGAUGAGUAUUUAUGAAGUAUACCUAGAUUUUAAAUCUUUGACAGCUUCACCUUCUACAAUAUAAAGUGUUUUACUGGCUGUGUAUUUAUCAAGAUUGAUGCUGAACUAACAGUGAAGUCCAAAAGGUUCACAUCAGCACCACAACAACAUCUAUUAUAUCCAAUUCUCACUCCAGGUUGGUCAACGGUUCCACCAACUGUUCCAAAAGGGUUGCAGUCAGGGGAAGGGGGGGGAGGGGGAAUUUAAACUGUAUACAAUGUGUUAAACAGUUACAUUUUGCAAAGCUUGAAUCAUCAUGUUUAUUGUGUCUCAUUUAUAAAUUCGGUCAAAGCCUUGAGCUGUCUGUAACGAUACAGCUAAAAAUCCAUAAUUUUCCUACAAGAGAAUUCCUCUGAAUAAUUCAGAUUUUUGGAGGAUUAACCCUUACCAUCACGUGGAGUUGUUGGAGUUAAAUUUCCUAGCAGCAGCUG